AGAAGAAAAAAAAUCGUCGAAAUUCCCAUUCCGCUCUCAAACAGAACGCCAAUCGCCACCUCAACACAGGCACUUCUCUUCUACAAUAAUCCCUCUUUUGUUUUUCUUUAAAAUAAUAAUACCCAAGAAAGAAACCAAGGCCUGACUCUGGCACUUAUGAUUUAAUCGGCUCUCGCUUGAGUAUGGUUUUCAGUUGGGUGGCAAAGCUUUUGCAUUGGAAGGGGUUAUAUUUUCUUUUCUUAAUAAAAUGAAAAUCUCGCAAAAGUUUCAAAUCGUAGACUCAGUUCCAACGUAGUCGAAUAAAGCUAUAACAGGGAAAGAGUUGGUGCGGUAAUUUCUUUCAUGGAAAAGCGUGUUUACGAAGUUUGGAAAGGAAGAAAUAAGUUUCUCCUUGGUGGUAGGCUAAUAUUUGGUCCAGAUGCUAGAUCUUUGCCAUUUACCUUAUUGCUGAUAAGCGCUCCUUCUAUCUUCUUUUGCAUUUUUGUUGCAAGGCAUCUUCGACAUGCAUUUUACCCAUAUAAUGCAGGAUAUGCAGUUAUGGUGGUAGCAGUUGUCUUUACUAUCUAUGUGUUGAUUAUUCUUUUCCUCACAUCAGCCCGGGACCCAGGAAUCAUUCCUCGCAAUUCACGUCCCCCAGAUGAGGAGCCUCACCAUGAUUCUUCUGUAUCAGCUGAGGCUGGGAAUCGACAAACACCCGGUCGUCAGUUCCCUCGAACUAAAGAAGUUAUGGUUAAUGGAAUUAUGGUGCGAGUGAAGUAUUGUAGUACAUGCAUGCUUUAUCGACCUCCCCGUUGCUCCCACUGUUCCAUUUGCAACAAUUGUGUUGAGCGUUUCGAUCACCACUGCCCUUGGGUGGGGCAAUGCAUUGGACUGCGCAAUUACAGGUUCUUCUUUAUGUUUGUAUCUUCGGCGGCUCUUCUCUGCAUCUAUGUGUUCUCCAUGUCAGCAUUCUACAUUAAGGUUCUGAUGGAUGAUAACCGUAGAACAGUUUGGGAAGCAAUGAAAGAAUCUCCUCCGUCUGUUGUCCUAAUGGCCUAUUGUUUCAUUGCUCUGUGGUUUGUUGGUGGACUCACUGGGUUUCACUUGUACCUCAUUGGAACAAACCAGACUACCUAUGAAAAUUUUCGACAUAGGGCCGACAACAGAAUCAACCUUUACGAUCAUGGUUGCCUGAGUAAUUUUCAUGAAGUAUUUUGCACAAAGUUAAACCCCCCCAAGAAUAAUUUUCGGGCGAUCGUCCAGGAGGAGGUACCAAGGCCUACUUUACAAAGUACCGAGGAAGCUAAAGCAGAAGAUGUAGGUGGAGAUCCACGUCCAAAGGUUGACGCUGAAAUAAAGAACAGUGAAGACCUAUUAAGGAUGUCCCUGCGGUGUAAUAUCGAGGAAGGCGAAGACCUAUCGAAGAUCUCGCAAUGGCAUAAUGAUGAGGAAAAUGAUAAGGACAUUCAAAAUAUGGAGGGCAAUGAUCCACCCCAUACUACCUUGAAUUUUGAUUCUACUAUGGCUAUAGAUCAUCGAGCUUCAAUGAUUCAAUCGAAUCCUAAACCCUCAAGUUGUGGAAAUGGAAGUGGUAGUCCGGAAAUCGUAACCAAUUCUGCAGUUAAAACAGGAGAAGCUGGUAAAUGAUUUGGGUAACUUUGUAUACUGGCCAUUGCAUUGUUUUGGAUAGAAGGAAGUUUUAACCGAUUUAAGAAUGAAGUCUAUCCAUUGA